AUGAAGCUGCAGACAAUUAUUCAGAAAGUUAUUACCUACAUCUAUGACUUUGCUCUGCUUUUUUCAGUGGAGAAAUUCUUGCCAUUUCUGGAUAUGUUCCAGAAGGAAAGUGUGAGAGUGGAGGUUUGCAAGUGCAUUAUGGAAUCUUUUAUUAAGCAUCAGCAGGAGUCAACAAAGGAUCCUGUUAUACUCAAUGCUCUCCUGCAUAUCUGUAAGACGAUGCAUGAUUCUGUGAAUGCACUAACACUUGAAGAUGAGAAAAGAACAUUAGCAGCUCUGAUAAAUGGAUUCAUAAAAAUGGUUUCAUUUGGCCGUGACUUUGAACAGCAGCUGAGUUUCUAUGUUGAAGCCAGAUCAAUGUUCUGCAAUCUGGAGCCUGUUCUAGUUCAGCUGAUUCAUUCUGUGAACCAACUAGCAAUGGAAACCAGAAGGGUGAUGAAAGGAAAUCAUUCCAGAAAGACUGCUGCAUUUGUCAGGGCUUGUGUUGCCUUCUGCUUCAUUACAAUUCCAUCUCUGAGCAGUAUCUUCACACGUCUUAAUCUGUAUCUGCACUCUGGACAGGUUGCUCUGGCAAAUCAGUGCCUUUCACAAGCUGAUGCUUUUUUCAAAGCUGCAGUGAGCCUCGUUCCUGAAGUGCCAAAAAUGAUCAGUGUAGAUGGGAAGAUGCGACCUUCUGAUGCCUUCCUCCUGGAAUUCCUUUGUAAUUUUUUUUCCACGUUAUUAGUUGUUCCGGACCAUCCAGAACAAGGAGUGUUGUUUCUUGUGCGAGGAUUACUAAAUGUGAUCCAGGAUUAUACUUGGGAGGAUAACAGCGAUGACAAAGUCAGGAUUUAUACUAAUGUUUUGCAUCUGCUGUCUGCAAUGACUCAAGAAGCAUUUAUCUACCAUGUAGAUAAAGUUGAUUCCAAUGAUACUCUGUAUGGUGGAGACUCCAAGUUCUUGGCUGAAAUUAAUAAACUGAGUGAAACAGUGGUAUCACAGAUCCUGGAUCAUCUGAAAACCCUGGGAAAGGAGGAGACCCUGAAGCGGCAGAGCCAGCUGGCACUCUAUUUCUUUAACACCAUUCUGGCUCAUGGGGACCUACGAAACAACAGACUGAACCAGCUUUCAGUCAAUCUCUGGAAUCUUGCUCAGAAGCAUGGCUUUGCUGACACCAAGACUAUGGUGAAAACCCUGGAGUACAUCAAGAGGCGGAGCAAACAACCUGAAAUGAGUCAUUUCACAGACUUGGCCCUUCGGCUUCCUCUGCAGUCCAGGACCUGACAAGUGCCUCUUCCAAGGAGUCACCUGCACAAGGGAGCAUGGAACCCAGGCCAAAAAUCACUGAUCUACAUUCUGACUGCAGUUCAGUGUAUUUUUACUUUCCUUAAUGAGACACAUUUACUUGGGCACAGCAAAGGUAAAACCGUUCUGAGUGCAAUAAUUUAAGCUGAGUUUCUGUAUCCAGUUUUACCAUAGCAUUGUUAUUUAAAAUGCUGAUUUACAUUCACUAAACAGUAUUUUGAACCUCUGUGGUUGCAAAAGCAUUUUGAGAUCUAAUAUGUUAUAAUUUUAACAAAAAAGGAAGAUAAUCUAUACUAAUGAGUUCACAGCCUCAAAACUUCAUCCCUCUUGGAGAAUAGUCUUUCUCCUCUGCAGAAAACAGCAUUUCAAGAUAAUAGUCAUACUAAGUUGUGUCUCUGCAUUGGGAUGCUGCCAGCAUUUGUCUGGCUUGUUCCAGUAACAGAGAAAAAUGGCUGAAGUGUUACUGUUCUAAUUUCUACAAUACAUUUUCACAGACAUGUUUAUGUUUUCAUUUUAGUCCAGUGGUGUUUUGUAAAAUGGAAGGAAUCUUUAAGUGCUGCAAAGGAAAAUGGAAAUUAUGCAAAGUCCUCUGUAUUUGCAAAGUACACUAUCACUGAAUAAAAGAAUUUGCAGCUCA